GGGGCACCGCGUGCGGCCGGGCCGGGCUGCCGGGGGCUCGGCGGUCGCGGGGUCUGACCGAGUCCUCGUGCCCCGGCCUAGCAAAGAGCUCGCUGCGAGCGUUACGUGACUGGUUGGGGAAAAUACUCCCAGUACUGCGUUUCUUUCGGUCUGUUGCUGCAGGUGUUUGUGGUGUGGAUUUGCUUGAUUGCUCUUUUUUCUCCCUCACCCGUUCUCAGAGGUUUGUGCUUAGCUGGAAGCGAUGAACACGAGCUGUUUGUCUUUACUGAACGAGCCAGAAAGGGGACACCGAGCUGCCCAAGUUUUAUUUGCUCACUUCUUACAUUGCCAGUGCUUAGGAGUUUUCACUGUGGUUUCUGGAAGGAUUCUCAAAGAUCCACGGAGCUUUAGUAUUUGCUUUCUCUGAGUUGCGAUGCUCACGGACCGGUCAUUAUAACACCAGCUGGGUCCUCAGCUGAAAUGGGAGAGCUGGGCUUCAGAAGGUGUUCAGCUGGUCACAUUAAAAUCUACAUUUACCCAUCCUGUGUUUAUUUUAAAACCAGUGAGAGUGUGCAAACGCAAACCUUGGUGCAGCCUGUCAUGUCCCAUGGCAGGUUAGCAGUGCGGUUCAGUGUCCCUGUAAUUCUCUGCUUUAGCUAUUACAUUCUCCCAGCAUACUGGGAUGAGGGCUUCGUUUGAGCUUCUGGAGGUAUGAAAAUAAAUACAAAAUGUUCUGGUUCUGCAGUGCACACUUCUCUAAGUGAGUCCCAAGCUUUAAGGCACUGUAGCUGCCGGGGACUUGUCCGCACAGGACACUCCUCGCAAAUGACUGCCCACCUGCUGUGAAGCAAUUGGAGACCUGGGUUUUGCUCGCUCCGGGCCGAAGUUCCUGUUUCCAUUGAGGUCGGUCACCAGCCGAGGUGGGGCGGCCGGCUGGAGGGUGGGCGGUCGGUGUGGGGACGCUCCCGGACGUGCCUUCGUUUGGUGAGAGCUGAUGCUGAGGUGCUGUCUGCUUGUGACCGAGGCUUUGGGGGUCCCAGCUGCAUGUCCUGCCACGGUCUCCUGUUUCUUUUCUGACUCAAGCAGUUGUGCUUCAGGAGCAGAAAUAGCAGGCCAGCAGGGGCUGCGUCCUGUUCCCGGGGAUUGGCAGCCCUGGUGGGAGGACCAGGCGUGCGGAGGGGAACGCCAGGGUAACCUCCGAGCAGUCAGUGCUGUGCCGCCUGUACCCGCCUCCUUGACGAGAUGAUGCAGCGAUAACCAGAGCACGUGGAUGAUGUCUCAGCAGCGUGUCUGCUCUGGUUUGAUAGGAUUAUUUCCUGCAGAGUGCAGGAGCUUGGGUAGUUGAUAGGUUUUUUUUCAGUUUUGCCUUUGCUCAUGGUUUUCUGCUCUGUGGGAAAAGCCAGAUAGUGUCACAGUGCAGGGCUUGCACCUGAAGGAAGAACCAGUAAGACCAUUCUAUCUCCAAGUCCUCUGCUGUUUAACUUCAGGACUUGGCCUGCUUUGCUGGCAGCAUGGAGUUUCUAUGGCAGAUACGUCCCCAGGCGUGAUCUGUUCACCUGCCACCUGCUCCCAAACUUGCCUCACUUGUUGAAAAGGAACGCCAAGAGGGGAGAGCGCUCUACAAGCUCAAAAUAAUGCGUUUGUUUCUAAAACCGUGUUCCUUUGUUACGUGUGUCUCCCAGCCAAAGCUCAGCAGUGCGUGUGGUCAGGUCGCCUUAGUGUAACGCUCUAAAUGGACAGUGAAGCCAGUAGAAAAGUUUGCCUAGGAUAAACUAAUAAAAUGAGAGAUGAGCUAGGAAGAACGCUGGUGAGAGAAUGCAGAAAGGAUGGAAGCAGACAAUCUCGGGGGCUCCAGGUGCCGGGGGAAGGGGCGAUGUAUGUGCCCGUGCAGCCUGCCGGGGGCUGCAGCGGCUCCCCGCGGUGGGAGGCCCGGGCAGCCGAGGCGCGCUGAGCUGCUGGGGAGCGCUGGGUGCUGCCCGCCGCGGGCAGGCGAGGGCCCUGCGGGGCGAGCUGGGGCUCGGCAGCGGGUGGGCCCGGCCCUGGGCGUCGUGUGGCGGCGGAUCAAACCGCAGCUCGGGCUGCAUCGUGCCCGUGAGGGUUCCUGGCAGUGCUGCUGCCUGCUGUCUGCACCCCCUCUGCUCUCCGCGCCCUGCCUGUGUUUGCCCUGCGGGCUGGGAGGCGGUAGGGCCGGACGGAAGGCCGCUUCCUCUGCCUUGCCUACGAGGCCUCUGCUCCACGGGCUGAGAGCUUCCCGGCACGGAGACUUGCGGACACCCGGUUAGCCGCUCUGCGCGGAGCCUGCCCGGUCCCUGCUGCCUGCAGAGCGACCGCUGCUGGGGUGGGUUGAAGCAGGAGCGCUUGCUUCGCUGGUGGGCUGGGCUGGUUUUGCUGGCGUUUGUUCCAGGAAAGUCAGUUUCCGAUAUUCCCGCCUGCCGCUCCGGAGGGGGAAUCUUCCCGCGCUCUCGGGCCGCCACAAGGAAGACGCGGCACUGCUGACCUGCAGCAGUCUGAAUCCCUACGCAGAGCUGGCCGAGAGCGUGGGUGGUGUUCCCGCGGGCCCGGCAGGGCGCAGAGCGUGUACCCCUGUACCUGCCUCUCAGGGUGCCGGUCCAUCUUCCGCCCUGCCGGCCGGCGCAGGGCUUCCCCAGCAGCUGCUGGGGGCAGCGGCCGACCCCAGCCAGCGCCGCGUGCCUGCGGAGGCGCCUCUGGGGGCCGGCCCGGGCUGGGGCCGCGCGAGCGGGAUCAGGCUGCCCAGGACCCCACGCCUCCUGCCCCCUUUGCCCCAGGCGCAGCUGGCUCGAGGCUGCCGGAGGCGUUCAGAGCGAAGCUGGCAGCGCUGCAGCCGAAAGCUGCGCGUCCUCGAUGCCUCGUCCUGCGGGCGCCCCGCUCUGCCCUGCGUGCGGGACCGGUGCCAGCAGGGUGCGUGCAGCUGUGCGGGGCAGGGCGUCUUCGGCGCAGGCACGGCCUCUCCCCGCUGGCUUUGUCUGAGCGGUCCCAGCGGGGCUGGCGCUACAUCCUGUCCCGGGGCUCGUGUCCGGCUUCCCCUUGGUGCCGGGAGCUGGAUGUGGCCCUGCAGCUGAGAACAACCUCCAAGGAGCAUGCUCCCAGCUAAUGGGAAGAAUGUUCUUGUAAUUGUUCCGGGCUGUUCCCAGAACAGCCGUGCGGCAGGAGGAGCAGCAGAGGCCCUCAGAGAGCUCGGCGAGCAGAGCGGAGCGUGGGAUGUGCCGGGCUGUUCCCUGGUCAGCUGCUUUGAGUUCUCAGCCACCACGACGCUAGGCAGGCGUAUGGGUCAAGCUUACGUUGUUUAAAGAGAACUUUGUUAAAAUAACAAGCUGUCUGAUAGGAGUAUUCAUAGAAUCCUUCUCCUUGAUGUAAUCUGUUCUGUCACCGUUUGGUUUUUCUAUUAUUUCUAAGUUCAAAGGCGUGCUAGAAAAGAAACCAAACUUGCAGCAAGCACCCUGAGGGAGAAGUGAGUUGCAGCUAAUCGUCGGUAUGAUUGCCCAGCCAGAAACUCCUCUUUGACCUGUGUAGAGCUCAGAAAAACGUUUGUCUGGGUGCACAGGCUGGUUUCUGCCGCUCCGUAUCUGUUCCAGAUGCAUCCUUGGUACCACCUACGGACCCCCGGUGGCCGUACGAGGGCCGUGCCUGCGCUGCUGCGCCCGCUGCCGCCCCUCCUGCGCCUCGCCGCGCCUUCCGCCUGUGCCCCGGCAGGAAGCCCCGCGCCUCCGUGCGUGGCCUCCGCCGCUUCCGCCGUGCAGGGGCUUUGUGUGAGCCCUGACAAAGUGCGGAUUGAUGCGGUUUCCUCUCCCCUCCCCCUGCCGUGCCGUGCGUCCGGCCGCGAGAGGCUCUGCGACAGAGCUGCCUUUCUUCCCUGCGCCGAGGGCAGCUUUGGCCUGGGCGGGGUGGGGUGCGUGCUGCGCCUCUGCCGAGCCCUCCCCAUCCUCCGUCCUCCACACAGCUGCCGUAGUGCUGAAAUCUGUUGCGUGCCGUUCUUUGGUGCAUUGGGGAAUACCGUCGCUUACCUGAAUUGCAGCUCCAGGCGGUCUAACAGAAGCUGGUAUCGGCAUCCGUCGUCUCCCAGCUCCUCCCGGCGUGUAAUAGCAAGUCAUCAAAUUAUUGAGAGUGGCUUGGAAAAGUUUCAGAAAACAUGCAUUCGUAUGAAGAACAGAUUGCAAGUUCUUUAUUAAAGUCACGUUAUGUUUGCUCAGUUCUGCACAUUUUAGGCAAUUGUUUCCGCAUUAUUUGCGAGGUAUUUUGAGGAGCUUGUGGGCGCAGAGCGGGCGUGCAGCAGGGCUGGCUUUGAGCAGCACCCGGUGGCAUUGUUAGCUGCGCAGAGCCCUGUGUUCCCUGCUGACCCUGACGACGUGGAGGCUGUGGUGAAGGGAAGGGGGCGAGCAGGUAGGGUUCAGGGUGCCCUUCUAGUUGUGCUUUGGAAGCUUAAAUCGUGUGGGUAAGAAAGUGGGCCUGCUUCAGCUGGCUGUGUGUGUGCUGGAUGCUUACCAGGUGCUGAAGCAAAGCUCUGUCCUCGAUUUGGUUCGUUGGCAAUGGUAUUUUUGUCAUUUUGAGCACUUGUUUCCAUUGUUUUGGACACUUCAGGCAGUCUGCUUGUUUGUGUGGCAUUGUCGUUUAUACAGGGCCCAGACUUGCUCUUUUUUUGUUGCCUGCAGCACGAUGUUUGUUCAGACUGGGCAUUGUGAAGUGUAAACCCAGGUCCUACUGGCGCCAGCACUCACCUCUGCCUUUUCUAGAAGCAGAUCAGUCCAUGAUGCCUGAAGUGCGAGACCUCUCCGAUGCGUUGCCUGACUUGCCGAUGGAUCCCAUCACGGGCGUUGGUGUGGUUGCGUCCCGGAACCGUGCACCGACAGGUUAUGAUGUAGUUGCACAAACAGCAGAUGGCUUGGAUGCUGACCUCUGGAAAGAUGGCUUAUUUAAAUCCAAGGUCACACGAUACCUGUGCUUCACAAGAUCAUUUUCAAAAGAAAAUAGUCAUUUAGGCAACGUCUUGGUUGAUAUGAAGCUCAUUGACAUAAAGGACACUUUACCUGUGGGCUUCAUCCCCAUCCAGGAGACCGUUGAUACGCAAGAAGUAGCUUUCAGAAAGAAGAGGCUGUGCAUUAAAUUCAUCCCUCGAGAUUCUACAGAGGCAGCAAUCUGUGAUAUCCGAAUCCUGAGUAGAUCUAAGCAAGCCCCUCCUCAGUACACAUUCAUAGGGGAGUUGAACAACAUGGGCAUUUGGUACCGGAUGGGCAGAGUUCCCCGCAACCAUGAGUCUUCACAACCUGCUACUCCUGCCCAAGUACCGUCUUCAACACCAGCUCCUAACCUGCCGAGGCACAUCUCGCUAACUCUUCCUGCUAGCUUUCGAGGCAAAAGUCACAGCACUCGCCUGGACUUGGAGCACCAGCACUCAAAUUUGUAUGCUAUAUCAGCGAUGGAUGGAGUACCUUUUAUGAUUUCAGAGAAGUUUGCCUGUGCUCCUGAAGGGAUGCAGCCAGUUGAUCUUUUGGGCAUCACAAUCAAAACCCUUGCAGAAAUCGAAAAGGAGUACGACUACAGCUUCAGGACGGAGCAGAGCGCGGCGGCCCGCCUGCCGCCCAGCCCCACCAGGUGCCCGCCGGUCCCGCCGUCCUGAGGGGGCCGCCGGCGCUGGAGCAGCCGUGUGCGUGCAUACUACUGAGCGGGAUGCGGCGCUAGGGGCCCUGCCAGCAGAGCUCUGCUCGUCCAGCCGUCGCCACCCACCCUGCGCUGCACCGCCUCCUCCCGCACACGUUAUUCCACGCAUUUGGACCGUGCAACCCUUCGGCAGCUGCCCUCGCCCUUGUACGCUGCUGCGGACAAGUGUCCACGUGAGUACGUUACUCAGAGCCUGACUGGCAGUCUCUCGGUUGCUUCUAUUUCCAUGUACUCUGCUGCAGGACAGUCACAAAAACAAUAGACCGUAACGAAGCCCUGUGAACAGCAAGCUGUUAGCUCACAGACGAUCAGGAAUGCUCAGCAGCGAGCCCUGAGAGAGAGUAAAAGAUAACAGCCGGUUAACAGCAAACUCCAGACCUGCUGCCCAAGCUGGCUGCUUUGCUCUCGUCGCCCCACGCACGUCGCUGAGCAGGCAGCACCGAGCCGUGGCAGACACUUCAUUGGCCUCCGCUGAGGUCCGGGCAUGCAGCAACUCUGCCGUGGCCAGGUUCAACCCCAGACUGUGGUCUUUGUUUUUGCUGUAGGCUCUUGGAGCCGGGGUCACUUGCUCAGAUCUGCUUUGGGCCCUGUCCACAGUUGCUGGCAAGGGGGAGGAGCACAGAGAUCACGAGCGGCACUGCGGUCUCUGAGGUGAAGCACCUUUGCUUUGCUCAGGGUGUCCGCGUGUCUGGCAGCACCUCGAGUGACAAACGUCCCACGUGUCCUUCUGGGCUGGAUGCUGACGGCAAGCCAGCAAGACCCCUGCAACGUCACGCUGACCCCUUGCUGCAGCAGCCUGCUGAGCUGUGGCCCUGCUGACAAGGCGGAUGCUGUCACCUGUCUGUUACUUUGGACAGUUUUCUCAUUUUUGCCCCGCGAGCUGCUAAAACAAAAGAGAUGUGCCUGUUCCCCUUUGCACUCAUGGAAGGAAGCACUGAAGUCUGGCGUAGCGCAGGAUGAGAGUUGAUGCAUUAAACCUGACCUCAGCCUCCUUGUGAUCGGUGACCUUAGCUCACUUCUGAGUCAAAUGCAUGUCUUGGAGAACUCAGUUGCUGUAAUGAGUUAUUUAGGAAUGGCCAUCUGACUCUGUGCUGCUUUUUCAAGUCUCUGCUGUAGAACAAAACUACAUCAUGGCAGCAAAAUGGCAAUUUUUAAGUGUUCAAAUGUACAACUUUUUGUAUUGUAAAAUACUGAUUACCUAACCCUAUUGAAACGCAAUUGCCAUAGUAACAAAUAACAGUAUUGCCGCUCUCGGUCUGGGUCACAUGUAUGCCCUGACCUGCUUUGCACUGCUUUUGGUUGAUCUUGUAUUUUGUAGUUGGACAGAAUGGUAACUAACAGUAGGUUUUGUACUGUCGGCUUGUAUUUUUUAUUUGUACAUAUGUAAAAUAUUUCUUGUCCAAAGAUUCAUUUCUGGUUUUAAAGCACCAUACCAUAUCUGUAGGAUAAUGAGCACAAUAUACCUUAACAUUCAGGAUAGACUGACUCCAGUUACUUGCUUUAACUCCUUCUAAUCAGGUGAUAAUUUUCUAAAACUGCCUCCGUAAAGCAAGGCUGUGCGAUUUGAAAGCAUAGGCAGAUUUGGUUGCAGGUGUGUCAUAAUUUGGUCAAAAGAGUUAAAGCUAUGUCAUUUGCAUCAACUCUGAAGGUUUGGUUGACCCCCUGGAAGUGCUCAUUUACUUGAAGGUUGCAGCACCAUUUUUAGUUCUUAUUUAUCCUGCAGGAAAGCAAAGCCAGACCUCACUGCCAAGCUUCACAAAGGCUAGAUUGAUGAUGCCGACAUCAACAAAUGAACAUACCAUGGCAGCCUGGUCAUUCGGCUCAGGUUCACUUGAAGUUCAAAUCCACUCUACGCUGUAGUAGUAUGCCCAUCUCAUCCAUCUUUUGUCGUUCUGUUUUUCUGCUUGUAAUUUGUUCUGUAGUUUUCUGUGGCAUCCACUUAUAGCUUCUCCUUUAGUGGACACUGCAGGUAGGUCGAAGCUGACUGCAGCAGUGCAUUCCUCAAAGCUUUGGGACGACAGAGUUGCAGACAGCUGACCUUCCCCGUUACUGAUGGUGGGCGAGCAAGGGCUGCAAGGCUAGUGCUAAGCUGCCAGUGCAAAGUCAGCAGAGCUCCAGGGGCAGUUUUUGCUGCCAAGAGAGGGAGACAGCUACAAGGAGCACCUCCUCCAUCCACGUCUUCCUGUGCUGAAGGCAGGACUGACUGUGCCACAGUGAGGAGCAGCUUUGGUAGCUGCCAAGCUCAGCAUCCAGGCGAGCAGUUCCUACGUAUGUCUUGGGAAAAUGGGCACAUAGCUUUGAGUCCCUUCCCAUGAGAUUUAGCUUAGAGCAUCUGGAGAUAAAACUGAUGCUUUAAUAUUUAUAGCAACAGUUGCACUUGCUCAGUCUUCUUAGUGAUAGUAAGUUCAGCUUUCUCUUCAGUGACCUACAAGAAACACUGGAUGGCUCAAAAUGCUGCCAGGACAUCCAGCUGGGACAAGCAUCUAAGAAAUCUUCGGGAUAUAUUUGUAUAGUUGGUUCUCACUGUCUCUUCUCUUACACUGGCCUAGCAAAACUACUUCAGGGAUGCAUCUGCAAAGAAACUUGGAAGAUAAAUUUGGUCUUUACAGCAGGGUUUUGCACCGUGGCACUUCAAAGAUAGCUGUUAUUGAAAGCAUGAACAGUACAACUGCAGUUCUGUCUGUAUGAGUGCAGUAGAGAUGUUUUGAGUAAAGAGCUACAGCUGCUGAAAGCCAGUUGUGCUCUCAGACAUACUAACCAGAGGCUAGAAAACCGUGGAUAUCUCCAAAGUGGAGAGGGCUCAGAGUCAGUACUCAGAAGCACAGUGAGACAAACAGCACAGUGUGACUGAUUUUACCUUCUCAGUCCACCGAUUCUAGGAAGCUUUCCUGCUGCACCUCUGAAUUCCGCAUGUCGCGGGCAUCAGAUCAGCAUUGCCACAGGCAGGUUCUGUUUGCUGUUCUGUAACUUUUGUACUCUCAGUAACUCACUGCAAGGCUGGUCCUUGUAUCCUCACAGCAAUGUGCCAGAGCCAGCACAAGCAUCCCUCUGCAUCUUCCGCCCUCCCUGUCGAAUAGGCAAGUGUGCUACCACUGGUCCGGGCAGUAAAUAUUCAGGCAGCCUGAUAUUGAUGUUUGUCUGUGGAGAAGCCUUCUGGGGCAUAAGGGGCGGGGAUGUGUCAGUGGGAAGCAACAGAAGUGGAUUUGCAGAGCUUUACCAGAUGUGUUUGGCUACCUUCUUUCUAUUUCUAGAACAAAACUGGGCACCAGGUAGCUUAAUCUUGUGGCUGAUGCAGAGAUUAGUUUGCCAAAUUAUCCAGCAGAUCCAUAUCUCUGCAACAGAGACAGAAGAGCAGCAGUGAGGGGUUUACUUACUGUAAAAUAUACCUUCCGAUGUGAGUUAGUAGUGACGUGCUGCCUCCUGGAUUUCCCACAGCAAAGAGCGUACCAAGAUGAUUCAUGGACCGUCCGGGACAGACGGCAAUGUCUAACGUGUUAAUUAUGGAAAGGCAAGAAGUUAGUGCAGAAAGUAAUGUAAAGCGUGAACUUUGUGGUAAAAUUCAAGUGUGGACUGACUUAGCAGAUGUCUUCCUGUGGGAGCAUCUCGUAGCUGUAGUUGUAUAGGAGUAAACUUUGUCAGACUUCGUUCCUUUGACUGUCACUGAGAUUGCCCUCAGUGUUUGUAGGAAAGGAUCCCUUGUGAGCCUCCUGUGUAGUAGGACGUUGUUGGUAGUUUGUAACUUUGGGCUUGUUGGGUUUCACACCCGCCCCGUGCCCCUGCUGGUUUCCUGAACUCCUCAAACCGAACCUGCGACCUCAGAGCCUGUAGGAAGUGCUGACUGGGCACGGCACUGCAAGGUGGAUGCUGGUGGCGAGGGAGCGCGUCCAGGAGCCUGGGCGCCUGCUGUUCCUUGUGGCCCUGAAAAUCUCCUCAGCCGAGGGAGGUCGGGACGCGGCGCCCUCCUCAGCUGGCUAGGCCCACAUUCGCCCUCACCCCACAUCGCGUGGGCCUGUCCGCCCCAGGCCUUGCCCACGCACCGGCGGCUGUCCCACGGAGCAGGCGUGGCGGCGGCUCCCCGGACAGGGCACACGCGGCCCUGCCGCCCGUCCCGCCUGUGCCACACUGUGCUGGCGCGCCAGGGCUGGCCUGCUGUGGCUCUGCCUCGCCAUCUUUCAAACCGCACACGGCACAGAUGGCUGUGUAAAAUGGUGCCUAUGACACUCGGCUUGCCCGUGUUUUUAAAGUAAGAAGAAAGUAAAACUCCUGCUGUGCCCACCUCACGGCUAGGGAGUGUUGCUGGCGGACUGAGCGCCUGGCGAGGGCGCCCAGAGCCCCAGCCCCAUGGCACGGCCACGUCCCCCAGCAGUGCCCUCGUGCGAUGGGGCCGGGCACGCUGCAGAGCUGCCCUGGGCCCUGCAGGCCCUUGCCGGGGGAGUCCCCCCCCUGAAGCACGUGUCUGCGUUUAAGCAUUACCUCAGCCUCCAGCCUUGAUGAACAGACGGGGUGUCCCGGCAGCGGGGCAGCCGAGCGGUGUCAGUUAGCUGUUCUGAGCCAUAAACCAGCAGCGCUGCAGGUAGGGGGGGUGUUCCUCUGUUAAUUAAAAAGCUCAGUAAGGUGCUGCUCAAUUCAUUCAAUACAGGGAAACCAAACAGUUUGGAUAUUAUGGUCAUUUAUUGUGAAAUUCUUUCUAAACAGCAACAGUUUUGAAUGCCAUCAUACAAACGUGAGAGAAACCUUUUAUGCAGUUGGAAAGUGUUUUUUUAAGAUGCUAUGCAUUUUGUUGGGUUAUUGAAAGUGAAUUUACUGUGCAUUAAUCUAAUGAAUGUUAUUACCUUUUGUAUUUAUUUUAGAUGACUCUCCUGUAUUUUACAAAGGGAAGUUUCAUUGUGUGAUAACUUAGUCUGUAUUCUUAAUAUAAUUGUUAAAUAAAAUUUGUUUUAAUCAGUUU